AGUUCCCGGCUGCUGUGGCGGCGCGACCUGGACUCCUGUUACCUCGGGGCAAAGGACUCACAAGAAGGGCUGUCGACAGGCUCCGAGCUGCCGCACGCUGCUGGUGAGCGAAGGGGUGGCGGGGACGCUGCCGAGACGGAGGGCAGCACGGCCGGAACGCUUUCAGCAUGGCUUCUCCAACUCUGCUCAUGCGUGUGGUCGCCUCUGCAUAUUCUGCUGCAGAAAAAGCUGCAACAAUUGUUAGAAAUGUAAUGGCUGCAGGAGAUCUGGGCAUAGUGGAGAAGACUGGAGCCAAUGACUUGCAGACCAAAGCUGACCGACUGGUACAAAUGAGCAUUUGUGCUUCGCUGGCACAGAAGUUUCCCAAGGUGACAAUCAUAGGAGAAGAAGAACUGCCCAGUGAUGAGGUAACUGAGGAACUAAUUGAAGAUGGUCACUGUGAAGAAAUCCUAAAGAAAACUUGUCCUGCUCAGUACACAGGAAUUAAAGAAGAAGAGCUUGUAAUAUGGGUUGAUCCCUUGGACGGAACCAAGGAGUACACUGAAGGUCUCCUUGACCACGUAACGGUUCUUAUUGGAAUUGCUUAUGGAGGCAAAGCAAUAGCAGGAGUUAUUAACCAGCCAUAUUACAACUAUGAGGCAGGACCUGAUGCUGUGCUGGGACGGACAAUCUGGGGAGUCGUAGGCAUAGGUGCCUUUGGAUUUCAGCUCACAGAAGCACCUGCUGGGAAACAUAUCAUAGUUACCACCCGUUCUCACAGCAGUGCCCUGGUAAAUGAAUGCAUCAGUGCUUUGAAUCCAGACAGUGUCAUCAGAGUUGGAGGAGCAGGAAACAAGGUCAUUCAGCUUAUAGAAGGCAAGGCAUCUGCUUAUGUAUUUGCAAGUCCUGGGUGCAAGAAAUGGGAUACAUGUGCACCGGAAGCUAUUCUACAUGCUGUGGGAGGCAAGAUAACUGAUAUCCAUGGAAAUUCAUUUCAGUAUAACAAGGAAGUGAAACACAUGAAUUCUGCUGGGGUCCUUGCUGCUUUGAGAAAUUAUGACUAUUAUGCCAGUCGUAUUCCUAACACUGUUAAACAAUCUCUUGUGCCUUGAAGCAAUAAAGCAUCUUCACUUGGCCUGGUAGGCUGAGAAAGUGAGCUUGGAGAAGAAAGCGAGCUUGGAGAAGAAAGUGAGAUGAUAACUGAGCCUGAAAUACUGUUUUAGAACGUUUGAACUGCGUUCUUACACUAAGGUGUUCAAUAAUUUCAAAUUGCACACAGAAUGAAUAUGUGUAUGUUGGAUCAGAUUGUUUUGCUGUCUUUAGCAGAAAACAUCAAACCAGUCACAUUUCUUGGAUAGGUGUUUUCCAUAUCCUUUGGCAGUAUUUGUUCUUCAUUACGGUGUUUAACAUACUGCUGAUCAUAACAGUAGAGUCCAAAAAUCAUCUUAAUAGUCAGGGCACAAAAUCAUGUUAAGUAAUUUUCCUGAUGUUGCUCAAUGUUUUUUUGUUGUAUGUAGUCAACAAGAGUUUAUUAUGUUAAGUACAAAUGGACUAAGAAUUUGCCUGGAUGGAUUAGCCCAUUUAUUAUAAAGUUCCCAGUUUUGAUUCUUAGAAGUGAAUCUUUGAAUUUUCUGAUCUGCACUUAGUUUUGGGAUGGCAGAGAUUGCUGUUUGUGGAGAACUGGGGUGUCAGUUUUGCAGAAGCCAGGACCAGUCCAGCUGGACCUCAUAACAUCUCAAAUAGAGGUUCCUGGAUCACUGGAUCCAUUUGGGAUCAGUGAAGCAUUAAUACAGCAGAGUUCAGGACGCCUCAGCUGAGGAGAAGCCAAGGAAACUGCAAUGGGGAGAGGAGUUCCCAGCACCUCUCUGAUGAUUUGGAAUGCCUCUCUUGGGGUCUGUGUCAUCUCAGUCUUGGAGAGCAUCCUAGGUCACUUUGUCAUACACAAGGACAACUUAAAUGCCAGGACUUGAUUUUUUUUUUAUGUCUAGGUGCCUUUCCAACAGCACCAAGAGCUCGAACCCGACAUUACCACUUCUUUCUCCUAUGGAACGUCAGCACAUUAGGGAAGGAGAGAGACCAGAUGACAAGAUCACCUAAAAUAAACUUACAAAUUGGAGAGCCUGUUUCAGUCAGCUUUCCCAUAGGUACAAGGGUUAGGAAGGCAGGAUUCAACUGUUCAGUCUACGUGAACACAAAAGAGAGUAAGUAGUAAAUUACAUAUGACUAACUAACAGGGCAACCUUGGCCAAAACAGAUGAUGUCUCUUCAAGCUGAAAUUAGGACUGUGGAGUAUUUUGAACCAGUGGAGCCCCUACGUACUUUUUUUCUUCAUAUUUUGUGACCCAAAUCCCUCAGUGUGUACAAGUUGCUUCUUUCUCCUUUCAUCACACAAGGUAUUUUAGUAAACUCCAGUUUACUUGGAGUCCUUACAUUAGAUCCUUUCCUCACAGUAGGAUAACACCAAUGUGACUUCACUGGUUUAAACCUGGUUCUAUUUCCAGCAAGCAUCUCUUGCUAAAGCAUUCUCUGCCUCCCCAUGCUCAUGCAUGGAAAAGGAUCUAAGGAAGCUCUUUCCUUAGUGAGGUCAGCUUAUCAUAACAUUUACAGAUCAGUUAGCAAGAUUACCACUUACUGCAUUCUAUCAUCAGCCAGUCCAUAAUACUAUCAUGACACUGGAUUAAAGCUGCAUAUAUAGAAACAACACAUGCAUCUAAUCCUUUUGUCUACAGCUUCACCUUCUCCUUUCUCAAGCUCAUGACUAGUAAGAACAUGCAACAGAAAUUCAGCCUGCUUUAAUUAGAGCCUUCACGUUUUGCCCCAUUAUAAGUGUAAUCAUUCCACAUACAAAAUUAACAUCAUUUCACUGCCUCAGUUAUACAUAAUUCUUACCCCUACCUUCUGCAGGACUUUUGGAUGUGCAUGCUUUAGUAUUCAUAUAAAAAUCUGCAUGUGAAUUUGUAAAGCACAUUAACACUAAACAUAGAAAAACUUAGACAACUAAAAGCCUGCUUAAUAAACCUUUCCAUCGAACAUUAAAAUACAAAUCACAGAACUCACUGUUAGCAA